AACAUGAAACCAAGAAACAUCUCAGAUGCUGAAGAAUUUUUCCUCCUGGGUCUCUCAGGAGAUCUAGACCUGCAGCCUAUCCUCUUUGUUCUGUUCCUGUCCAUCUACCUGAUCACCGUGCUUGGAAAUCUGCUCAUCAUCCUGGCCAUCAGCUAUGACCCUCACCUCCACACUCCCAUGUACUUCUUCAUCUCCAACCUCUCCUUCAUUGACAUCUGCUUCAUCUCCACCACUGUCCCCAAGAUGCUGGUCAACCUCCAGGCUCAGAGCAAAUCCAUCAGUUACCUGGGCUGUCUCACGCAAAUCUGCUUUGUCCUGCUUUUUGCUGGCUUGGAAAAUGGAAUUCUGGUCAUGAUGGCAUAUGAUCGGUUUGUGGCCAUCUGUCAUCCCCUGAGGUACAAUGUUAUCAUGAACCCUAAAUUCUGUGGGAUGCUGGUUGCUCUAUCCUUUCUCAUUAGUUUUCUCGACGCCCUCCUCCAUACUUUGAUGGCACUUCUGUUGUCUUUCUGCACCCAUCUGGAAAUCCCUCACUUUUUCUGCGAGUUGGCUCAUAUCCUCAAACUUGCCUGUUCUGACACUCUUAUCAAUAACACUUUGGUAUAUUUGGUGACGAGUCUUUUGGGUGUUAUUCCACUCUCUGGGAUAGUUUUCUCUUACAUUCAAAUAAUCUCUUCUGUCCUGAAAAUCCCCUCAGCUGGAGGAAAGCAUAAAUAUAAAGCAUUUUCUAUCUGUGGCUUUCACCUGUGCAUGGUCUCCUUGUUCUAUGGGAAGUGUUUGGUGGUGUAUGUCAGCUCUGUGGUUACUGACUCCCCACAGAGGAUGGCGGUGGCUUCAGUGAUGUACACUGUGGUCCCUCAAAUGAUGAACCCCUUGAUCUACAGCCUGAAGAACAAAGACAUGAAGGAAGCCUUGAGGAAACUCAUGGAUAGGAUAGCUUCUCUUCAAUGA